AUGGAUUCAAGAUUCAUCGACACCAGUCCUUCCUUGAGCUAUAAUGAUGAUAAGAGUGAAGAUGAAUAUGCGUUUGUGAAAGCUUUACGUAUGAGUGGCGGAGAUGGAGCCAACAGUUACUCCGCCAAUUCUCUUCUUCAGAGAAAAGUUUUAUCAAUGGCCAAAGCAGUCUUGGUAAAAAACACAGAAGAAAUGAUGAUGACCUUGGACUUUCCUAAGUACAUCAAAGUUGCUGAAUUGGGUUGUUCUUCGGGACAAAACACGUUUUUGGCUAUGUCCGAGAUCAUCAACACCAUCAAUGUGUUGUGCCAACAAUUGAACCAAAACCCACCAUUAAUAGAUUGUUGUCUGAAUGAUCUCCCCGAAAACGAUUUCAACACAACCUUCAAGUUCGUACCUUUCUUCAACAAGGAGCUCUUGAUCACAAACAAAACAUCGUGUUUUGUAUAUGGAGCUCCUGGUUCCUUCUACUCUAGGCUCUUCUCUCGCAGUAGCAUCCACUUCAUACAUUCCUCUUACGCUCUCCAUUGGCUCUCUAAGGUUCCUGAAAAACUCGAGAAUGAUAAGGGAAGUGUGUACAUAACAAGCUCAAGUCCUCAAAGUGCAUACAAGACUUACUUGAAUCAACUCCAAAGAGAUUUCACAAUGUUUUUAAAGUUACGCUCCGAAGAAAUUGUCUCUAGUGGACGUAUGGUUCUCACUUUUAUCGGAAAAAACACUCUUAAUGAUGAUCCACUGUAUAGAGAUUGUUGUCACUUUUGGACAUUGCUAUCAAUCCGCGACCUAGUCAAUGAGGGCAUAGUGAGUGAAUCAAAACUGGAUGCAUUUAACAUGCCGUUUUAUGAUCCAAACGAACAAGAACUCAAAGAAGUGAUACGAAACGAGGGCUCUUUUGAAAUCAAUGAUUUAGAGACUCAUGGAUUCGAUCUUGGCCAUAGUACCUGCGACGAGUACAAAAAAGAUCAGUACGAAGCAGGACACAACGAAUCUAAUUGUAUAAGAGCGGUUAGUGAACCAAUGCUCGUUGCUCAUUUUGGAGAAGACAUUAUUGAUAUCUUGUUUGAUAAGUAUGCACACCAUGUGAUUCAGCAUGCAAACUGCCUGGCCAAAACGACUGUCACUCUUGUCGUUUCGUUGACUAAGAAAUAA